CGCCCGCCGGCGCCCGCCCGGCCUCGCCGCCGCCUCCGCGCCGCCGGCUCCCCCGCGGUGACCACAACAUGGCUGCGGCGCCGGGGCUGCUCUUCUGGCUGCUCCUGCUCGGGCCGCCCUGGCGGGUGCCGGGCCAGCCGCACGCGGACACGAGCCGGCGCUUCGCGGAGCACAAACUGUGCGCGGACGAGGAGUGCAGCAUGUUAAUGUACCGGGGGGAGGCUCUAGAAGAUUUUACAGGUCCGGAUUGUCGUUUCGUGAGUUUUAAAAAAGGGGACCCAGUGUAUGUGUACUAUAAACUGGCAGGGAGACCACCUGAAGUUUGGGCCGGAAGUGUGGGGCGCAUUUUUGGAUAUUUUCCAAGGGAUUUAAUCCAAGUAGUCUAUGAAUAUACUAAGGAGGAGCUACAGGUUCCAGCAGAUGAGACAGAUUUUGUUUGUUUUGAUGGGGGAAGAGAUGAUUUUGAUAAUUAUAACACAGAAGAACUCUUAGGAUUUUUGGAAUUGUCCAAUUCUGCAACUGGAGAUUCUGAGAAAGGUACAGAAAAACCUCAGCAUGGGGACACCCCUCCUGAAGCAUUUGAGGAAAGUGACAUUGAACCGGAACCAGAAGAAGUUAACUCAGAGGAGAGUGAAAGCGUCUUCUCAGAAAACACUAAGGAACUCAAGGAAAGAUCUGGGUCUCAGAAGAACCACCCCCAUGUAAACAGUCAAGCAGGUCACAUUCAGGGAGACCCAACUUCAUUUGAACCUUUUGAGGAAAUGCUACAGGAUAAACUAAAAGUGCCUGAAAGUGAAAACAACAAGACCAGCAAUGGUUCUCAGGUCUCGAGUGAACAGGAGAAGAUUGAUGCUUAUAAACUUUUGAAAAAAGAAAUGACUCUGGACUUAAAAACCAAAUUUGGCUCCACGGCCGAUGCACUUGUAUCUGAUGAUGAGACAACCAGACUCGUUACUUCCUUAGAAGAUGAUUUUGAUGAGGAAUUGGACACUGAGUAUUACACAGUGGCCAAGGAGGAAGAGGAGAACUUUGAUGAGCUGCUGUUACUGACCUUCGCGCAUGGCGAAGAGGACGUGAAACCUCCGGCGACGUCUGGAGCGGAGAACUAUUCAGCGGAGAGAGAGCAGAGGCCGGAUGAAGAGGACAAGGUGGAGGCCGCUCAGCCCCCUGGCAUCAAAAACUACGAGGAAGAUGUCGCAACAGACUGGGAGGAUAGUAUCCUCCCCUUCACGGAAGGUGACAGACAAACAGGUGUGGAUUCAGGGAGCUCUGAUUCAGAGGAGGGUGAUGAUGGGUCCGUCCCAGGUAGCGAAUCGGGGAAAUCACGAUCAGCCACGGAGUCUAUCGACCCUAAAAAAGCAGAAGAUAGUCUUUUGACCGUGGAUGUCCCUAAAACAAAUAAUGACAAAGACCCGGAAAUUCACAUUGCAGAAAAAGGGAGGAACAUUGAGGAAUCCAAGAGGAGCCUGGCACAGGCUGAGGAGGGGCUGGAGGAGCAAAAGCAGGAAGGCAUGACUUCUCACAGUUCUCCUCAGAGCAGCCACCCUGGCUCUUUGCCAGCUGCUGGAGGGGGUAGAGAAGUGUUGGCAUCAGCCUUUGACAACAAAGAAAAUGACCUAAAAGGAGCAGCUGUUCACAUUUCAAAAGGAAUGCUCCGUGAAGAAAAGCCUGGAGAGCAGAUUUUGGGAGGGGGCUCAGAACGUGAGCCAAAACGUGAAGCUUCAGAGAGUCAAGUGAACGAGGAAAAGCCUGGACAGGCGGCUCUGGGUGUUGCACCACUGUUGGGAGGUCACCAGCGUAACGCGUCCAGAGACAAGGUGGAGGAAGUACCUGUUCUAGCAGGGGGACCACAGCCGCACACGCUGUCAGUGGACCGUCCAAGUGAGGAAUUCAAAGAGAAACGGCUUCCUCAAACUCAGGAUCAGCCUAGACCCUCCCCUCUGGAUGAAGUGGGGUUGCCAAGAGAACUGGAAGAAGAGGGUCCCCUUGGGCAAAGAAAUCUUUCCCGGCCACAAGGAAAAGAGGCGGCUGCACACAAGCCGACGGGUGAGGAGAGGAGGCUCUCGGGGGACAAGGCCCAGGAGGGCUCCUCUGGUGAAGAGGUUGCUCCUUACAAGCCCGAGGCGGGCUCUCAGGAAGUGGAGGCAACAGGCCAGACAGAGAGCCCGCAGGGACCUGGUGUCCAUACUGAGAGACCAGAGGCAGAGGAUGAUGACAGCCCCGAAGAGCUCCUGGAGGAUGAAAAUGCUCUAAGUGCAAAACAGUCUAAAGAAAAAAGCCCUGAGAUCCAGGGCAGGCGGUUAGACGUUAAUCCGUGGGCCCCCCCAGGGGCUGUUGUAGGCGCCAUUAAUCCUGACGCAGAAACGGAAGGAAGCAAAGAAGAAACUGGUAAUAUUUUGGAAAUUGAAAGACAAAGUGAAACUCUGGGCAGUAGGGCAGACCCAGGGGGCAGGGCGGCGGAAACAGAGAGCCCUCCUGGAGCUCCGAAAGCACAGCGGGCCUCUGAAGGCAGGGACUCUUCUGACAAGCAAAAUCAGACUCUAGAGUUGGGUGAAAUGUUUCAGAAUCGAGGUACUGAUGAUUUUAAGGAAGACCGCGCUGAUGAAUCCACGUGGAAGCCGGGGGUAGGAGAGCUCUCAGAGGAGGGCCAGGAGGACUUGGAGGGGUUCGUGGACACAGAGAGCCAGGGGACCAGUGCCGAGGAGCACGAAGGUGACUGGCCACCCCGGGCGCCGGGUACCCACACCCCUGCUCGCAGCGACGACGUGGAGGACCUGCCUGUAAUCGGCAGCUUCUUUAAAGACCAGCAGUCUCUACAGAGGCUCCGGAAAUACUUUGAUGUCCAUGAGCUAGAAGCCAUGUUCCACGAAAUGGCGUCAAGGCUGAAGUCCGCGCAGCAGGAGAGUCUGCCCUAUAACGUGGAAAAAGUCCUGGAUAAGGUCUUCCGAGCCUCCGAGUCCCACAUUCUGAGCACAGCGGAGAAAAUGCUGGAUGCCCGUGUGACUGAGAGCAGAGAUCUGGGAAUGAAGGACAAUGACGUAUUUGAGGAGGCGGCGGUGCUGGACGAUAUUCAAGACCUGAUCUAUUUCGUCAGGUACAAACACUCGGCGGUGGAGGAGAAGGAACCGCUGACCAUGGCCCAGCUCCCGCCCGAAGGCUGGGGCGGCUCCAUGGAAGGGAGGCAGCCACACCUUGAAGACAAUUUCCCACAAGAUAACCCAGAAGACAAUUUCCCGCAAGAUAACCCAGAAGACAAUUUCCCACAAGAUAAUGCAGAGGACCUUAAAGUACAGAUUCUCAAAGAGCCCAGCCAGUUGGAUCAACCUGUGACUGGUGACAAGGGUGGCCCAGACGUGUCACAGGAGCCAAAUACUGAGAAAGACAUAGACCCAGGGAUAAUUACAACAGAAAGCAGUCCUGUUGAUGCUGUUGAUGCAAAAAAGCAACUAGAAACAAAUGCUGAAGAGCCAGCAAGUGUCACACCUUUGGAAAAUGCAAUUCUUUUAAUAUAUUCAUUCAUAUUUUAUUUAACUAAGACGUUAGUUGCUACGUUGCCUGAUGAUGUUCAGCCUGGGCCUGAUUUUUAUGGGUUGCCAUGGAAACCUGUACUUAUCACCGCCUUCUUGGGAAUUGGUUCAUUUGCCGUCUUCUUCUGGAGAACUGUCCUUGCUGUAAAGAGUAGAGUAUAUCAAGUUACUGAGCAGCAGAUUGCUGCAAAGGUGAAGAAUAUCAUGAAAGAAAACGCAGAACUUGUACAAAAGUUGUCAAAUUACGAACAGAAGAUUAAGGAGUCAAAGAAACAUGUUCAAGAGACUAAGAAACAAAAUAUGAUUCUCUCUGAUGAAGCAAUUAAAUAUAAGGAUACAAUCAAGAAACUUGAGGAAACUAAUGGAAUUCUGGAUAAUACAGCUAAAAAUCUGCGUGUUAUGUUAGAAUCUGAGAGGGAACAGAAUGUGAAGAAUCAGGACUUGAUAUCGGAAAACAAGAAAUCUAUAGAGAAGCUAAAGGAUGUCAUUUCAGUGAAUGCCUCAGAAUUUUCAGAGGUUCAGAUUGCGCUUAAUGAAGCCAAACUUAGUGAAGAGAAGGUGAAGUCUGAAUGCCAUCGGAUUAAAGAGGAAAAUGCUAAGCUGAAGAAGAAGAAAGAACAGUUGCAGCAAGAAAUCAAAGACUGGAGCAAAUCACAUGCUGAGCUCAGUGACCAAAUCAAAGCAUUUGAGAAAUCUCAGAAAAAUUUGGAAGUAGCUCUUUCUCACAAAGAUGAUAAUAUUAAUGCUUUGACUAACUGCAUUACCCAGUUGAAUCAGUUAGAUUGUGAAUCUGAAUCUGAGGGUCAGAAUAAAGGAGGAAGUGAGUUAGAUGAAUUAGCAAAUGGAGAAGUGGGAGGUGACCAGAGUGAGAAAGUGAAAAAUAAAAUUAAGCAGAUGAUGGACAUUUCUCGGACACAAACUGCAGUUUCAGUAGUUGAAGAGGAUCUAAAACUUCUACAAGUUAAGCUUAGAGCCUCGAUGUCUACUAAAUGUAACCUGGAAGACCAAAUAAAGAAGUUAGAAGAUGACCGCAAUUCACUGCAGUCAACCAAAGCCAUCCUGGAGGAUGAAUGCCAAACCCUGAGGCAGAAAGUAGAGAUCCUGAAUGAGCUGUACCAGGAGAAGGAGAUGGCGCUGCAAAAGAAACUGAGUCAGGAAGAGUAUGAGCGGCAGGAGAGAGAGCAGCGGCUGUCAGCUGCUGACGAGAAGGCGCUUCUGGCUGCGGAAGAAGUGAAAAUGUACAAGCGCAGAAUUGCAGAGAUGGAGGAGGAACUGCUGAAGACCGAGCGCUCGUUCAAAACCCAGAUUGCCACCCAUGAGAAGAAAGCUCAUGAUAACUGGCUCAAAGCUCGUGCUGCAGAGAGAGCGAUCACUGAGGAGAAGAGGGAAGCCGCCAACCUGAGACACAAGUUACUGGAAUUAUCCCAGAAGAUGGCAGCGCUGCAAGAAGAGCCUGUGAUUGUGAAGCCGAGGCCAGGCAGGCCCAACACCCAGAACCCUCCAUGGAGAGGUCCUCUAAGCCAGAAUGGCUCUUUCGGUCCAUCUCCUGUGAGCGGCGGGGAGUGCUCCCCUCCACUGACGGCUGAGCCGCCGGCGAGGCCUCUGUCCGCUACACUUAACCGAAGAGAGAUGCCGAGAGGUGAAUUUGGGUCAGCGGAUGGACCUCUACCUCGUCCUCGAUGGUCAUCUGAGGCAUCUGGGAAGCCGUCUGCCUCUGAUCCGGGAUCUGGUGCAGCUCCCAUGAUGAACAGCAGCUCAAGAGGCUCUUCCCCUACUAAGAUGAUGGAUGAAGGCAAGCAAACUGUUCCCCAAGACCCUGAAGGCCCUUCAGUUCCCAGCAGCACAUCUGUGGCUGAGCAGUCAGUAGUAGUGACUGUGGCUGCAAGAGGGCCCCCUCCUUUCCCAGGGGUGCCCCUCAUGAGCUCCCCCAUGGGAGGCCCUGUGCCACCACCUAUUCGAUACGGACCACCUCCUCAAAUCUGCGGGCCUUUCGGGCCUCGGCCAUUUCCUCCACCAUUCGGCCCUGCUUUACGUCCACCACUAGGCUUAAGAGAAUAUGCACCAGGCAUUCCACCUGGAAGACGGGACAUGCCUUUUGAUCCUCGACAAUUUUUACCAGGACACCCACCUUUUAGACCUUUAGGCUCUCUUGGUCCAAGAGAGUACUUUAUUCCUGGUCCUCGACUACCGCCCCCUACUCAUGGGCCCCAGGAUUAUCCACCUCCACCUGCUGCAAGAGACUUAGCACCUUCUGGCUCUAGAGACGAGCCCCCACCUGCCUCUCAGAGCAGUAGCCAGGACUGUUCACAGGCUUUAAAACAGAGCCCAUAACUCUGACCUCUGACAUUUAGUCUGAGAAAGUGAACUGUGCACCAUUUGUUAGAGUAAAGGAUUUCAUUGGCUUCAGAAUCCAAAAGUUUAUUUUAAAAGGUUUGUUUUUAGAAUUAAGCUGCCCUGGCAGUAUGCAUUUUUGAUAGUCUGAGAAAGUGAACUGUGCACCAUUUGUUAGAGUAAAGGAUUUCAUUGGCUUGAGAAUCCAAAAGUUUAUUUUAAAAGGUUUGUUUUUAGAAUUAAGCUGCCCUGGCAGUAUGCAUUUUUGAUAGUCUGAGAAAGUGAACUGUGCACCAUUUGUUAGAGUAAAGGAUUUCAUUGGCUUCAGAAUCCAAAAGUUUAUUUUAAAAGGUUUGUUUUUAGAAUUAAGCUGCCCUGGCAGUAUGCAUUUUUGAGCCAAACAAUUGAAAAAUAUAAUUUCCCCCCUAAAUAAAAACCACCUCAUAAGCUAGAAUCUCCUUACAACUUUGAAAUGUGCAAUAAAGAAUACCUGUGUUUUAGUUAAUGUAGCGUAUGUAACUGCUAAAUGAUUUAGAAUGUCAUAGAAAUAUGAACAUUUCCUGUGGAAAUGCUAGAAGAACAUGUAUUUCCAUUUAUUACCCUAUUUUUAGUGUACACCAGUUGAACACAGAGCAAUGGUGUUUAUUAGCUUGGUUUUUUAAAAUACUGGUCGCAAAGACUGUUACGCUAAAAAUGUUUACUAAAAGAUCACUUUGUCUCCCUUCUUGCCGAAGUUCUUUGUAGUAAUAGUUCAUAAAAAUUUGGUUAUUACAA